AAAUACAUAGUAAACUAAAUAAAAUAAUGAAGACUGAUUGGUGAAGCCAUUGAAUUCAAUCAUGAACUCUCAUUAUCACAGUAAUUUUCAAUCUUUUUCGAUGAUAAUUCCCACUAUUUUCUCCCAAUUUUUCUUUUCUUCACAAUGGAGGAAUCAGAUCGGAAUCCGUCAUUUUCCGGCAAUGCAUCGACGUCACGAGGAGAAGAGGAGGAGGUUCUGGUGAUUGAUGACGAUGAUCGGCGGCCUCCGUUGCCAUUUUGGGGAGAGAAAUAGUGUUUUCCACAGUGCCCAUUAUUUUCGGUGGACUGAUAAUGAAGAAGCCGUGAGGUUCGCCCAGAUGAUGAUACCUGUUCUUCCAUUGUUGUUAUUCUUACUUUCUGGUUCUUCGGUACAACUGCUGGUACGUGGAGUGUCAAACUUACCUAUGGACCGUGAUGGAUCACACAUCUUCUUGGAGUAGGAGGUAUGAGUUUUCUCAUUUGGUUGGUACUCUGGUACUUGAAUUAUAUACGUUCCUCUCAUCAGGAAGGUAUUAGAGAUCAAGUGGAGCAGAUGGAAUCUCAGCAAACCCCUCUUCUUUCACACAAAGAUGAUGAUCUCGCUAGCUGCGGUUCUUCUUGCGAUGAUCUUUCACAAGACGACGAGUAUAAUGAAGAUGCACUGGACCUCAAUGCACCUCAAGGAAGACAAGUCAAAGACGGUGAAUUCAACAGCAAUAUUCGUCGACUCUGCGCAAUUUGUUUUGAUGCACCAAGGAACUGCUUCUUUCUUCCAUGUGGACACCAUGCUUCCUGUUUUGAAUGUGGAACUAGGGGCCGCAUAAGCACUUGGGUUUCAGUCUGUGAUGGCAUGCUGGUUGACUUAGAGGUCGUUUGGUAGAGUGUAUAAGGACA